GGAAAAGCGAUGACGUCACGAUAACCGCGGGCUCAUGUUCGAGUCGCAUGACUCUCGCAUCUUUUUGUUUUGAAAGUGGAAGCAUUGGCUCCUAACUGUGUAAUACUAAAUUAAUACCUGAUUAGACUCUCUUUUGGAUUGAAAAUGAACUACUUCGCUUAACAAUCAUGGUGUUCGAGUCGUACGUGGUCGAUCUUCUCAACAAGUACGCCGGCCAAUACUUGGAAAAUCUUGAUUCCUCGCAGUUGCGUCUUGGGAUUUGGGGAGGAGAUGUUCGACUCGAAAAUUUGAUUUUAAAGGAGAGCGCCUUAGAUGAUCUAGAUUUACCAGUCAAGGUAUUGCGUGGUCAUUUAGGCAAGCUGGUGCUCAAGAUACCUUGGAAAAAUUUGUAUUCAGAACCAGUUAUUGCUGAAGUAGAUGGCCUUUACUUGCUUGUCAGACCAAAUACUGAUGUUAAGUAUAAUGCAGAGAAAGAAGAGAAAGCCAAGCAGGAAAAGAAGCAGAGGCAGUUGGAUGCUGUGGAGUUAGCAAGGCAACUGGAGGAGGAGAAGAAAAAACAUGCACCACAAAAGGAUGAAAAGUCUGACAGCUUUGUAGAGAAGUUGGCGAUGCAGAUUGUCAAGAACCUUCAGAUCUCUGUUUGCAAUAUACAUGUACGCUAUGAAGACUCUGUAAUUAAUCCAUAUUUUACUCAUUGUGUAAGCUUACGGUCAUUUUACGUUUCAUAGUCCACGGAUGAGAACUGGAUUCCUUCUAUUGUUGGUAAAAGCGUGCAGAUUGUACACAAGCUUGUCAAACUUGACAGCCUUGCCCUGUACUGGAAUACAAAAGACGACAUUGGAAAACUGCCAUCACAAGAGGACUGGGUGAAUCAAGCCAAGGGAGGAAUAGCCAUCAGGACAGCACAGCAUUAUUCUCCACCUAAUUUUAGAUACAUUUUAAAGCCUAUCUCAGCCAUCACAAAAGUAAAGAUGAAUGUUAAGCCUGGUUCUGAUCUAAGUAUGCCCAAGAUUUUCCUAAGCCUUGUCUUGCAAGAGAUAUCACUAGUUCUGAUGAGACAGCAGUAUCAUGAUGUGAUGGAGUUACUGGAGUCCUUUGACAGAAUGUCCACAAAUUCCACGUUCAGAAAAUAUAAACCAAAUGUCCCUCUUCUUGGCCAUGCUACACAGUGGUGGAAUUAUGCAAUCACAAGUAUCCUUGAGGAAGAUGUAAGAAGGAGACUGAGGAACUGGUCAUGGAACCAUAUGAAGGAACACAGGGAUCUCUGUAAGAAGUACAAGGGCUUGUAUAAGAAGAAGUUGCUGCAAGACAAACCUUCUGAUUCAUUACUUAAAGAGCUGGAGGGCCUUGAAAGCAAGCUGGAUGUUUUGAACAUCACAAUUUGCCGUCGUCAAGCUGCAUAUGAGGAAGCUGCAGCCUUGAGACAAAAGAAAAAGAAGGCUGAAGAGAAGAAAAGUGGCAGAUGGUUUUCAGGAUUUUGGGGUUCUAGCAAAAAGAGCAAGAAGGAGGAGGAAAAACCAGAAAUUCUAACUGAAGAACAGAAGAAAGAAGAACUGGAGAAGCUAUACUCUGCUAUAGGGUACAGUGAGGGAGAAGUCAUCACAGCAUUUCCUAAAGAGUAUGUUGAAAAUAGAGUCAAAGUCCAUUUGAAGCAAAUCAGUGUGGCUUUGAGAGAUGAUACAGAUGCUAAGUCACUUGAAAUUGCACGACUGAGCUUCCAAGACCUUUCUGCAGAGCUUUCUCAAAGACCAUCAGCGCAAGCAGUCAAGGUGACAGCAAAAGUGGACCAGAUGAAGAUGUUUGGUACUGCUGCUGUUGAUGAUGGAAAGAUGCCGCUCAUGAUAACAUCACAGGAUGAAAAAUCAGAAAGCCAUGUUGCUCUUUUUACGGCUUCCUUUGAGACCAAUCCUUUAGAUGGAAAGUGUGACCAGAAAGCUGAAGUAUACUCUCAACCAGUCGAACUCACCUAUGAUGCUAACACAAUACAGCAUGUUGUCACAUUCUUUCAGCCUCCAAAAGAUGUAUAUCUUCAAGAGUUGUCAGCAGCAGCAUACUCACGACUGGAAGAUCUGAAGUCAGUGUCCAAAGCAAGCUUAUCUUAUGCAAUUGAACAUCACAAGAUUACCGAUGUGAAUGUUGAUGUUAAGUCUCCUGUUAUCAUCGUACCUGAAGGAGGCACCUCUAAGAAAGCAAGCAGCGUCUUGGUGAUUGACCUUGGACACCUGAAGAUUACUAGUGACCCAGAGCAGGAAAGGAUUGUGUCCACCAAGGACCUUAGCAUGGAGGAUUUGGAAUCAAAGUGUUAUGACAAGUUUGAUUUUAGACUUGAACACCUUCAGAUUCUCAUUGCAAGAGCAGGUGAAGACUGGCAAACUGCAAGGAAGGAUAUCAAAUCCAAGAUGCAUAUUCUUGAUCCCAUGGGAUUUGAUGUGAAGCUUCAGAAGGCAUUAAAUCCUGAUGAUAUAAGACUUGCACAGAUCAAAGUUUCUGGAAGUCUUCCUUCUGUCAAAGUUCAUGUGUCUGAUGAGAAGCUCCAUCAAGUUAUCCAGCUUGCCACAAGCAUCCCAAUACCAGUAGUUGAAACAGGAGUGGAUCAAACAGAUGCCAAACCAGUGGAUAUUCCUGUUGAUGAUCGUCGAUAUGCAGCAGCUCAUAGUGAUGUAACAAGUUUUGGAGUUCUUCGAUCUGAUACCUCAGAAGACAAAGAGGAAGAGGAAGUAGAAGAGGAGAUGUUCAUGACCCCUCCUGAAACACUUUCAGGGGAGUUCAAAGUAGACAAAGCUAAACAAGUUGCAAAGGAGGCCUUGGCAAAGCAAGUUAAAGUCUCACUUAAGUUUGCAAUAGAAGAGAUUGCUGUUGAUGUCGGCACUGUGGAUAGCACAGGGAAAAUAGCACCUUGCCUUGUACUGUCUAUGAAGGGCUUGGGUACAAAUGUCACUAUGCACCCUUGGGACCUUACAGCAAGUGCAUCGUUAUCCUCUUUGGCUGUAGCAGAGAUGACCUAUGGAACUGACGGAGUCCCUCUUUAUCUUGUACAGACACCUGUUGGAGCAGAACUGCUGUCAGUCAAGUUUUUGAAGGUUGAAAAAGACCAUCCUGAAUACAGCUCAACAUUCAAGUCCACCCAGCAGUCUGUUGGUGUGGAAUUCUCCUCAUUACAAGUAAAACUGCAUCAAGAAGCUUUGCUCAGCAUCAUUGAUCUUUCAACAAAGCUACUCCCUCCCAGUGAGGAGAGCCUACCUCUCCCUGGAGUGGUUGGUGACAGCACAAAGACAGAAGGAAAAUAUGGUUUUCAGGUAUCUCAGGCCAUUGUUCCAAAAGGGAAGAAGAAGAAAGACGACAAAGAUGAAAUACAGAUUGAGGUAAAAGCCAAACUUGGAGAAAUUGGUGUUACAGUGACAUCCGUUGAUGGGGAUUUGAGUCACGUUAUUGUUGGGGGGUUGUCAGCCAACUGUAUUGUCAGAGGCAGUAGAACAGAAGUUACAGCAAGUAUGAAAAAUUUGUCAGUGUUGGAUACUACCCCUGGAGCUCUGUAUUCAAAAAUUGUGUCCAUUGUGAACCAGGAAGUGUUUAGCCUUCAGGUUGUUGUCUUCAAUGAAGUAACUUCUGGUAGACACUUUAGGGACAUGGAAGCUGUUGAUGUGAAAUUCCAGAUGAGAAUUGGAUGUAUUAGAGUUGUCUUCCUCAACAAAUUUGUGAUGAACCUUUUGGCCUUUUUGAACAAGUUUCAACGGGCAAAGGAUGCCAUGGAGUAUGCCAGAAAAAGUGCUGCUGAGUCAGCCACUGCAACAAUUCAGAGUUUCCAAACUCAAAGCUCAAGAAUAAGCUUGUCUGUGUCCAUCCAAGCGCCCUUGAUAGUCAUUCCCGUCAGUUCAAAUUCUCUUGAUGCAUUGGUUGCAAACCUUGGCCACCUCAGUGUGUCAAACACGUUCAAUCUUGCGCAUGAUGGUGAAGAUCCCAGUGGAAGCGAUGCUGUUGUAGUUGACAACAUGGUUGUGGAGCUCAGUUCAGUGCAGUUGUCAAGGGCUGUAAUGACAGAUGGAGAAAACAUAGGAGCAACCCGUUUAGUUCUGGAACCUGUUAGUUUAGCAGUAUAUGUAGCUCGCAAUCUGUCUCCUUGGUACCAUGAUGUACCAGAUGUUGAUGUUAUGGGAAAGCUGCAUGCCGUGAAGUUGUGUGCUGGCGAAGAUGACACCAGAACUAUGCUUGGGAUAUUGUUUCAGAAUCUUAGUGAAGGUGUUACUUCUUCCCAAGCAGAACCAUCCCAAGCUGCAGAAGGCAUCAGUCCCAUUGCUAAGGACAUGGUUGAUGCAGAAGUCACGACUCAGGACCCCAGUGUUGCAGCUCCAGUUUCAAGGGAAGAUGUAUGGGACAGUGUUAAAUUUUCAUUUGAGGUUGAAGAGGUUUCUGCUGCAGUGUUCUGGAAGGAAACUGCUAAGCCUUCAGGUAACAAGUCCUCCAGAGAGCCUGACUGCUGUCUGGGGCAAUUCUCACUCGUUCAAUUGGCGGCCUCAGGAAAAGUCAAGUCGAACUCCUCAAUAAGUGCCAGUGUCACGUUAGCGAGUUGCGUUCUUGAUGACAAACGACCACAGAGUGAACAGGGAGUUACACGGAUGAUUGAGAGCUUUGAAGGAGGAUCGAGCGAAAUAAAGAACAUGAUAGACAUCCAGUUUCAACAAUCUGCUACUCAAGACAAGACGAUUGUGAUGGAAAUACAGAGUUUCCGUGUGAUAGUUAACCUGGAGUUUCUAUUGGUUCUGUCCAACGUGUUCAUGUCGGCUCUGGCCAGUGAUGGGCCUGUAACUGGUGUACCACUCGCUCCUCAACAGUCUCAAGCAAUAGCCACCAAGGACAAGCCUGCAGCCACAGUUAACACCACUGACGAAGACCCUCCACAAAUUACCGUCCAGAUCUCCAUCAAAGACCCAGAGAUUGUCUUGCUAGCAGAUGCAAAAGACAAGGACACCAAUGCUUUGUUCUUAAAGAGUGCAGUUGAUUUCCACUUUGUCCAGGGUUAUGGACAGCAAAAGAUGGCUGGAUCUGUUACGGAUGUUAUCAUUUUCUCAGCGGCUUUUGACAAGGACAAGAGAAAGUCAACAAAGUCAAGGGUUCUCCAGCUGUCCCAAAUUUCCCUUCUUAGCUCUGUACCAGAAGGCAGUAGCAUGAAGGUUGAUGUAUCAACUGGAAUGGCUUACGUGCAUGUCUCUCCACCCACCAUAAGGACGCUGACCGCAUGUCUGAAGUCAUUAACACCUGCCAAGAGUGAAGAUGACGAAAAGAAGACCACUGAAAAUGCAGUUGAACUUUGGAGUGAAAAGCCAAUCUCAACUGAGGAUAGAUGGUAUUUAUCCCCAGUUCCAGAAGACCAGCUGGUCCCUGGUAGACGUGUAUUAGCCAGAUCUUUGUCCAACCAGAGGAAUUACGAUCCAGGAUUUGUUUCGUCGGCCAUGGAGGUCAUGAUAUAUGUUCAGUUUGAUAAUGCCAAGUCCUGGUUUUAUGAUGUAAAUGACCUUACCGCCAUGGUCCUGGACAAGGAUCCUGACCCCAAAGAUCUAGUUGUCGGCACACAAGUGGUGGCCAGGCGUCCAAAAGAAUCUGCGCAUUCCGAGGGAAAAGUUAAACGGGAAAAAGAGGAGAAUGAGAAGAAAACAUUUUUGAUUGAAUUUUGGGAUGGCGUGGAACACUGGAACAGUUUGGAACAGAUUCGCAUUCUUACCACCAGCAGGCCAGGAGGUAUUGGAAUUGUUCAUAUACUACAUGUUGAAGCCAUGUUGUUGGUUUAUGUUGGCGUAAUAUUAAUCGGCAUAGUUAGUAAUCCCUCUGUGUGUUUUUCUCCUUCAGUUCCAGAAGGUGUGUUAGAUGUUGGCACAGUAGUGUGGGCACAUACUUCUAAAAUACGGUACUACCAUGGAUUUGUGUCAUACAAGGGAACCAAAUUGCACGUUGACUUGUAUGAUGGAGACAAAUUUGUUUACGGAAUGAAGGAUGCAUCACGUAGGGUCAUUCCCGAUGUGCCACCAAAAGCUGCUGACAUCAAACCUGGAACAAGAGUGAUAGCCAAAUUCAAGAAGAAACCACGGUAUUACAGUUCUACAGUGAUGAAAAUAGAUGCCUCCGACCCUAGUGAACCAAAGUACCAUGUAAAGCUUGAUGAUGGCGAUGAGACAUGGGAUUCACUUUAUCAACUAAGACUUCUACCCAAAGAGGUUCACGUUGAAGGCGAGGAGAAAUCUCCAGAUCACAUUAAUGCCAAAGAGGAUGCUAGCAGUAACGCCGAACUGUUGAUGUUUGAAAUGGAAGGAUUUGACAUCAAGUUAGAGGGUAUGUUUGGCGGCCAAGUCAUUCCAUUGCUAUCUGUUGAUGGGUCCAUUCAAGGAGAAGUAAAGAAUUGGUCUUCAGCAUUGUCAGUCCAUGCAGGAGUUGACGUAAUUGGAAACUACUUUAACGAGAAUGUGUCUGAAUGGGAGCCUCUUAUUGAACCAGUGGAAGAUGAAAAUGGUGUUUAUCGACAUUGGGAACUCAAUCUUGACGUUUCACUGGCAAAUGGUGGUAGUGAUAGUGAUAGCAGCAAUUUGGAUGAAAGUUCUGAAGCAGCCAUGUCACUGGCAGUUCGAUCAAAGGAUGAGUUGCAGCUGACGGUGACAAAAACAUGUCUGGAUGUCUUCACUAAGCUUGGAGCAGCUUUUAAAGAGGCUGUUACUCUGGAAGGCACAGGAGUGGUUGCUUUGGAGGAUGUUCCACCCUUUCAGAUAUGGAAUGAGCUUGGCAUGGAAGUCAAAAUUCGACCGGGAAACAAGUUUCAAACUCCAGCUAGUGCUGAUAAAGAUGCCAUGGUUGCAAUUCCCCCUGGUCAAAGCCUUUCCCUUCGAUUUGGCAAGGGAGUUGACAAACGAAGCAGCAGAUUUGAGAGAGGGAGUAGCGUCUCUGGUGUGGGACCAAGCAUUGGUGUCGAGGUGCAAGGCUAUCAUGAACUGAAGACCAUUUCUGUAAAACAGGCACGAGUUAUUUUGCACAAUGUCGUUCCAAAAAAGCUUCUUGCAGGAUUAAUUACGUCAGUUGUUGUCCAAGUUGAGAGUGGAGAUGGUCAGAGAACAGUAACCAUACGGUCGCCUUUACAGGUUAACAAUCAUUUCCCAAUUCCAAUGGAUCUGUUGUGCAAGAAAGAUGAACAGUUUUCCCGUGUCACAACUAUUCAGCCUGACAGCCUUUUCAAUGUUCCUCUUAUAUUGGCUCAUAAAGCAGCACUCUUCCUCAGACCUGCAGGAUUUGGGUAUGGAGAGAGUGCUAGUCCCCUACUGUGGAACAAGCUCGCGUCUGAAGGCCAUUCUUCUGUAAAGUGCCCACCACCAGCUGGCGAUGGACCACCUUUUCAUAUUGAGGUCGAUUGCGAGCAAGUGUCCUACAGUGCAGUGCAUGGAUCCUUGGAACACGCACCAAAUUACGUACUCCACAUCUACCCACCGGCUAUUCUUCACAACUAUUUGCCUUAUAGCAUCCACUAUGCAUCACCAGGCUUGCCUUACGUUGAACUCAAGGGUGGUGACAAAUGGCCUUUGUUUUCUGUCAGUCUCGCAAGAAAGGUCAUUCUCUAUAUCCAGCUUGACGACUAUCAGAGGUGCAUGUGGAAAGGAGAAAUUGAAAUGUGGAAGGGAAUGGACGAGCUUACAACAGUCACUUUGCAGCCAACUCCUUUGGAUGCUGCUUAUGGGAAGUCCCUGGAACUGGGAGUGUUCGCCACAUUUGAAGGCACAAUGAACAUCACUCUGUACAGUCCGUACUGGAUGGUGAACAAGACUGGACUUUAUCUCGAAUACAUGGCUUCUGAUGACGACACUGUCAUUCCUCAUCCAGUUUCAUUGACUGAGCCAGUAAUGUUCUCCUACCGUGGGAAAGGAAAUCUCUUUACCAAGAAGACGGCCCGUGUUCGUCUGGCCGCUGGUGAAUGGUCCAACAAGUUUUCUCUUGAUGCAGCAGGCAGCGGUGGAGAUCUUAAAGUCAAGAAAAAUGGGAAACUGCACGAGGUCGGUACGCAGAUUACCUUAUCCUACUUUAGUUUAACCAAGAUAGUGGAGUUUACACCUUUCCACCUAAUAAACAACCACACAGAGUACCCAGUGUCGCUUUCAGAUUCAGAAGGCCAAGGGGCAGCUUGGGUAACAGUUCAACCAGGAGAGUGCGUACCAUUCUGGCCAGUUUCGUUUCCUUCAAAGGAUCUGACCAUCAAAGUUGGUGACAGUGAAGAAAUCUCACCAAGCUUUCACUUUGAACCUGAUGUCACAGUGCUGCUCAGAAUGAACGGCAAGAUUGGAGCGGUGUGUGCUGACAUGCUGACCAAAGAUUCAGCUGCUAUCAUAACGAUCACUCCAUACUUCUCUGGCUCAGCACCCGUCAGGCUAGAGAACUGUACUCAGCUAGAAGUCUACUACAAACAGCUUGGAUGCAAGGAGCACUGUUUACAUCCUAACCAGUGCGUGUUGUUCGCUUGGGAUGAACCUUCUUCCGCAAAGGAGUUCAUUUGGUUUGUCAAAGGUUCUGAACAGAAAAUCAAGACUGACCUGUCAAAGACAGGUUAUGAUGCGUUUGAGCAUGAAGGUAAGAAGUUUUACUGGGCGGCAUUCCUGGACGGUCUGCAGCGUGUGUUGCUUAUCAUUGAUGACUUUACACUGGCUUACAGAGCACAACUGGAACAAAAAGAACGCCCGUCCCAGCGCAUCACUUUAGAUCUUCAGGGUGUUGGCUUGUCUCUUGUCAACAAUGAAAAGAGUAUUGAAGUCGCCUACAUUGGAAUCAGACCGAGCGAUAUUAUCUGGGAAGAGCAGAAAAAGAAAGGACGAUGGAAGGCUCUCAAGGUGCGCCUCUGUGAUGAAUUGGAAGCUGCUUGGACUGAAAUACAAAGAGGUCUGUCUGUGGGAGCCACUCCGAGUUAUAUCUACAAGUCUGCUGACUUGGAGGUUGAUUUUCAAUUGAUGGAAAUUAUGCGACCCACACGUCAGACCAUUAGAAGAACUUUUACACCAGGAGUGUCUCUAGAGUACCUUGCGUCACCAAACGAAAUGAGUUUCUUUGCCAAAAUUAACUCAGUUCAGAUUGACAGCCAGGUCCCGGACGCUACCUUUCAAACUGCUCUCUACCGAGUUCCCCCUCCAAAGUCUCUCGCAGCAGAAAACGCACCAAAGCCGUACAUUGAAUUGAGCUUAGUCACUAAACAAGAGGAGCACACACAUGUGAAUGAAAUCAAGUAUUUCAAGGUACUUAUUCAAGAGAUGGAUGUGAAAGUUGAUAUGGGAUUCCUUAUGGCUCUUCUUGGUCUCUUCUCUUCCGACACCAUUGAUAGGAGCCAAGAGGCUACCCAGUAUUCCUUGGACAAAAAACGCGUCCAUGACAAACUAGGCGAGGCGUUUGCUGUUCAGGCUGCGUUGAGUGCUACAAGGAAUUUCUUUGACUUCUUCCAUCUGUCGCCGCUAAAGAUUCAUCUGAGUUUCUCUCAGCUGGGUGGUGGCGCAGGCGGUGAUAAAUCACAGACUCAUAUCGGCGGCAGUUUUCUGAGCCUGUUAUUGCAAAGUGUUGGAGUAGCAGUCACUGAAGUACAGGACGUAGAAUUCAAGCUUGCGUAUUUUGAAAUUGAGGACAAAGUGUACACUCAACAGCAGUUGAUGGACGUCGCUGUCAACCAUUACUCGCGUCAGGCUUUGAAGCAGAUGUACGUGUUGGUGUUAGGCCUUGAUGUGUUGGGAAAUCCAUUUGGUUUGAUAACUGGCUUGAAGGAAGGUGCUGUAGACUUCUUUUACGAACCUUACCAGGGUCUUAUACAGGGACCUGGUGAGUUUGCAGAGGGUUUGGCGAUUGGCGCUAGGAGUUUGUUUGGACACACAGUUGGUGGUGCGGCUGGCGCAGUCUCGCGAAUAACUGGCACGCUGGGCAAAGGUAUCGCGGCUCUCACAAUGGACGAGAAACACAAACAGGAGAGGAGACAGGCCAUGGGAAAGAAACCAGUCAAUGUCAAAGAAGGGCUCACCAGGGGUGGGAAGGGAUUGUUCGAGGGCGUUGUUGGAGGUGUGACAGGGAUAGUGACCAAGCCAAUGGAAGGAGCUAAAGAGGCCGGGGCUGCUGGAUUUUUCAAGGGACUGGGUAAGGGUAUGGUUGGUGUGUUGGCGAGGCCUGCUGGGGGACUGGUUGACUUUGCAAGCAGCACUUUGGAAGGAAUCAAAGGAUCUGCUAGUACGGGCAGUGAAGUGCGACGCCUGAGACCCCCAAGAUGUUUCUACGCUGAUAAGGUGAUAAAGCCCUACAAUUCACUUGAGGCCCGAGGGAACGCCAUUCUCCAGGAAAUCAAGAAGACAAAAGCUGCGCUGCUGGAUGAUACCUAUUUCUGUCACUAUCAUCUUAACAUCAAGAAAGCGCUGAUUAUCACCAACAAACACAUCAUAGUUGCUGGUAAAACAGAAGUGUUUGAGACUUGGCAGUGUGACUGGAUGUGUGAAUUUAGAGAGCUUCAAGAGGAGCCGACAACUGAGGGGCAAAAACUCAUUCUUAAAGUCCCGGACAAAGCCAAAGGUAAAGGCAUUUUCAAGAAGUCAGCUGUAAGAUCCAUACAGACCCCAAGUUCAGAGGUCGCUCAGUUGCUGGUGGGAAAAAUCCGGGAAGCUCGUUCUUAGAGCAAAUUCCACUCGUUGCUAACGAAAUUAUACGAAUGCUUGCUUCAACAGAGACAUGAAUAAUAUAACCAGUGUGUUCCUUCGACAAAACUUUAAAAACGACUGCGAACGGGUGGUCAUUAAACCCUUAAAUUCCAGAGUAAAUCAAAAUGGUGUUUCUUCUCACGGUGUCAAUAUCAUGGUCGAGCAGAUAAGUGAUGAGAAUACAGAAAAUUAUCAAUUUGGAAUAAUCUUGAUGUGUCCCCGAAUUCUUGCAGCGAACGGUAAACGAAAUGUAUGGUAAUAGAGACUAGAGAGAAUUGCUCUUUUGAGCGUGUAAUUAAACGGCCUAAAAAAAGAUUUUGGAUUUACUAAUGACUACUCUACUCAAAGUAAGGUAUGCUGGCUUCAUAUAC